GGUACCUCGGCUGCGCUAGUCGUGUCCAGCCCGCCCUACGCUAGGGCUGUCACCGCGAACACGUAAUAAUAUUGUUUGUGUUAAUCCAUUGUAAAUAGUAUUGAGUGUCGGUGGCUGUUGCGAUAUUUGGAAUGUUAGGUGCGUUAUUUUACGUGUGAUGUCGCGGAGUUGACGACCUGCUUGCGUAUUGCUUACGGUGGAUGUUAUAAACUUCUUCUAGGUGUCAGUAGAAAACUCCGUGAUAAUGUUGAAGUGUGAUUGAACAGGUUAAGAGGAAGUGAACAGUGUUUGUGUUAUUUGGUUAUUGUUGUUGUAAUGGCGUCGUCGAAUCGGACAGGACAGUGACCCGCGAGGUUGUCGGGUGGUGAUCAGGUGGCGAUGACGCGGGGCGCGGGUGUGCCCCCGCUCUUAUCACGAGAUAAGGCGGCGGCUGAUAAGGCGGGCCUCGUCGCAAACGUGGGCAAGAUUUCACCGUGACCAGGUCGCUCGUGAAACAGCGGCCGCCGCCCGUCAUGUUGCAUUCGCUGAACGCACUCGCCGGCAAGAUCUCGCCGGGCGGCGGCCUUGAUACGAACGCGAACAAGCAUUCGCUGCCGAACAGGAACCAUAAGGCGUGCUCGCCUUCGUCGCCCUACUCCAAGCCUAAUGGGAUGAAUAUGAUGGGCAUAAAUAAUAAUAACAACACAAGUAUCAACAACAACAACAAUGAAGAGAAAGAAAUGCCAGAUCCUGAUUACAUUAAGAUGUUCGUCGGCCAAGUUCCACGGAGCAUGGACGAGAAUGAUCUCCGGUUGAUGUUCGAAGAGUUUGGUCGCGUGCAUCAGAUCAACGUGCUCAGGGAUAAAAUUACUGGCGCAAGUAAAGGAUGCUGUUUUGUGACGUUUUACACGCGAAAGGCCGCCCUCAAAGCGCAGGACGCUUUGCACAAUAUCAAAACGUUGAGUGGGAUGCAUCAUCCAAUACAAAUGAAGCCAGCUGACAGUGAAAAUAGAAACGAACGGAAACUCUUUGUGGGUAUGCUGAACAAGAAACUGUCGGAGAACGACGUGAGGGCCCUAUUCGCUGGACACGGUGCCAUUGAGGAAUGUACGGUGCUAAGGGACGCCCAGGGUCAAAGCAAGGGCUGUGCAUUCGUCACCUUCGUGUCUAAGCAGGCGGCUAUCGCUGCGAUAAAGACCCUGCACCAUAGUCAAACAAUGGAAGGAUGUUCAGCGCCGUUGGUAGUGAAAUUCGCAGACACACAAAAGGAGAAAGAGCAGAAGAAGCUACAAGCGAUGCAGGCAAACCUCUGGGGUCUGACUACGCCGGUAGCACCCACGUACUUGGCGUCCGAGGCUGCGCUAUCUCCGGCGACGCAACUGCAGCUGUUGCAACAACUGCAGGCGGUUGGAUUACAACAGCAGCUACUUCAGGGACAGGGUUCCACGUUGUUACAAGGUAUAAACUAUCAGGAUAUCGCUUUCAAUGGCGCAGGGCUGAGUGGAGGGGCUGUAAGUGGGGUUCCAGGAGUAACGACUGCUGAUCAGCUGGGCGGGCUUCUGGCACCUGUGUCUGUACAGAACCUGGCAGCACUGGCAGCUAUCACUCAGCCGGUUGUGACACAGUCGACGCAAAUGGCACCGGCAUCAGCGCCUCAACCGAAUGCACCGCAGUUAUGUCUUCUCGGAAAGACUAACAUCACAGGGUCCACGGCAGAACCGUUGAGUUCUGCAUACGCGGCGCAGUUCGGUACGGCGUUUGCGGCCGCGCCGCUCGGCUCGGUGCUCGGAUCGGCAGCCGCGGCGGCCGCCGGCAAACAAGUUGAAGGUCCCGAGGGCGGCAAUCUGUUCAUAUACCAUUUGCCGCAAGAAUUCACCGACACAGACCUCGCCUCGACCUUCCUUCCGUUCGGCCACGUUAUAUCGGCCAAAGUGUUCAUAGACAAGCAGACGAACCUAUCAAAGUGCUUCGGCUUUGUGUCCUACGACAACGCGGCGUCUGCACAGGCCGCAAUACAAGCCAUGAACGGUUUCCAAAUAGGUACAAAGAGACUUAAAGUUCAAUUAAAACGCUCGAAGGAGCUAUCCAGACCGUAUUAGUAGUUUCCAGAACAAUGUUCCUAGUGAAAUAAAAAAAAACACACACACUAAGCAAGGUUGUUUUUGAACGUUCGUUGUGAUGUUUUCGGUGCACUUGAACAGAUAGUUGGUAAGCUACGAAGACGAGUCCACGUGCACAGUUGUUAACUAAUAAGUAUCGUUAGUAUAAGGUUUGUGUCAAAGGAUUUAUCGUUUCCCAAAGUAUUCCCAAAAUUCAUUUAUUUCUUUAUAGUUACUUUUAAAAAUUUACUGAUAGAUAAGCAUUAUUUGCGUUCAUGCGAACACCUAGACGCCAAAGUUUUUUUUCAUUGCGUUAGUGUCAUAUUACUGUAGUCAAAUAUUGUCGUCCAAAGUUCACCGACUACCAAAUUACUUAUAAGUAUUGAUGUUUUAUUUACUACUUAGACGUUAUGCGGGAUAUUUUGUAUCUUGUUUUUUUUUUACAUGUUACCUACCGCUUUGAAUCGACGUGGCCAUGUUCAAAAGCAGAUUUAGUGUUCGUUGUUUUAAAAUUAUAAGAUUUUAGUGUAACAUAAGAUGAUCUCAAAGUGAUCAAUGUAUUUAUUGUUUACCUUGUUGUUUGUACUUAACAUUGACGUGAUUCGUUUCCUUAUUUAUUGUGUCUGUAUUUUGUUGGCUUUUGGAUACGAGGUAUUGUUCUAGAAUUGAGAAGCAUCAGCGUAGGUACCUUUCUCGUGAUUAAAUAAUUGAGUUUUACAGCGUUCGGCUUGAGUAUGUGAUGCAUUGUCAUUAUUUUUUCGUAAUUUUUAAGUUCUUCUAAAAUUGUGCCAAAUUUUAUUUUGUCAAAAUUUAACGGUCUUACAAAUAAGCAUGACAUUUAGCUUAUAAUUGGUUUAUUCGGACGUAUCACGUCCGACGUUUCCCGCGUUUAUUUGCAGGACUGCUUGUCAUUUGGAAAACUUCAUAAUUAUCAUUGUAUUGACAGUGUUGUCAGCGUAAAACGUCAAUAUUUUGCAUAUUCUUGGUCUAUUAUCAGGCAUAAAUUUAUACCAAGUUUAUUUGUAAGGCCGUAAAUGUUUAGGUAAGUACUUUACCUGUUUCCAAAAGCUGACCCAAAGCAGUGUUGUAAAAUAUUGAUAAAGACAUUUCUGUGUUCAGACCAAAUAAUUUUAGAUCCUGUGCUCUUAAAUAAAUUAAUGAAAUAAGUAACAUCAUUUCAUCAACAAAUUUUCGUAUUAACAAAAACAUCGAACGCUGAUUUAUUAGUCAAAGAUUAUUAGAGUUAAGUACGUAUUUAAUAUAUUAUUGUAUUGUUUAAGUUUCAUAUUCAUAGAUAAUUUGCUUCUAUUCGUAUGGCCACAAUUGACCCAAGCUCAUCGUGCUCAAGUCAAUGUGCUGACAAAAUGCUUUAUUUAAGACAUUUUAAAGACCAAAAUAGGUCUUAGUUUUUCGCAAAAUCAUCUUAAGGAAGAUUAAUUAUUGUUAUAGUAAAUUCUUCUUGUGUUAAUUAAGUAAAAUAAAAAUUACAUUAUUUGCAUUUUAAUUAGGUAUAUCUUCACAAGUAUUUAGCUUUGUGCCAAUUUUUUCUUGAUAAAUUAAUUGUUAGGAGUGUUGUGACCAGGCGUUGGCGUGUAACAUCGGACAAGUUUUAUGUAAAUUUAGUCAUUUUUAAGUCUCUAAAGACAAUAUUAAAUUAAGUUCCCAUUAUAUUGUAAAUGCAAUGGAUACAUUAUGGGCAUGUUAAUAGGAACAACGUUUGGGUUGACUUAAAUCAUGAUUAAGGGCAUAGCAUACAAUAUGCUAAGCACAUGGGGUUGUUUUUUACAUAAUAUGGCUUAAAAUUAUCGCCUGUUUCAUUUUAAGGGCUACAGAUUCACAUUGUUCAUUGGAUAUGUUUGACUACUAUCAAAUGAUUCUUUAAAUAGAUAUACUUUUUUUUAAGAAGUAGUUAGAUACUGUAAUAUUUACUUGUAUUGAAAACCAGCGACCUCAAAGCAGAAUGUAACAAGAGUACUAAAUAUUAUAUUUUGUUCAAAAAUUUGAGUGAUGACAAUUAUAUUAAUUAUCAAAACGAUUUCGUGCGUAAUCCGCAACAAGAGUAUUUAACGUCCACAAAAUGAAACCUGUCACUUGUCAGAGUACUUCAAUUGCAAUGUAUAGAUAUUUAAUUACAUUGGUUAUAGUAUUAUGUCAUCACUCAGAGAAUAAUACAAUUAUUGCAAUAUUUAACUAGAGUUAGCAUUUGUAGCUUUCGCUUCUGGAAACAAAUUGUGUUAAUCCUUAUGAAUGUUUCAAGUCGCGAGAAAUUAUUUUCAUAUUACUUGAGGACACGACCGCUGUGCAGUCUGAUUAUAGGUGUGAUUUAGAUAUAAAUAAAAUGUGAAAAAAAAUUUUCAUCUUAUAAAAAGUUAUUUAGGUGUCGCGGAUUUCAAUGUUGUUGUACCUUAUAUGUAAAAACUCCUGUAAGAUAUCUUAAACUUUGUACAAAUGAUCAAGAUAUGGUUGUACGGAAAGUAUAUUUGUUUGGACAAACUGAACUGAGAUGGGCCCACUGCUUUUCAUGACAAACCAUCAGAUUCAGUGUGUUAUUACUACAGUAUAAAAAAAAUAUAGCGAUUUGUCCUAAGACCAGACGAAGUCGCAUGCAACCUAUGUUUUUAUAUGUAUUUAUAUAUAUCAACCAAUGAUAUUCUAUACAUAUAUCACUUCAUAUAAAAACAAAGCCGGAAUAAGCUUCCACUACUGCAUCUGUAUAUAGCCGCAUUUACUCCAUUUGUAUUCACUUCAGAUUUGAAUCGGACAGUGACAGUUGACACACAACUAAUGAGAAGUGUGCAUAAAUUGUCUUUUAGCACACUUGUGCCGUUCCGCUAUCAGACAGCGAAUGAUAUGUCCUUAUGUAUGUGUAUAGAAUGUCAUUGAUAUCAACGCUUAAUGCUUGAUUUGAUUAGAAUGAAAACACACAUAGUGUCAAUGCGCCAGCUCCUUUGAAGCAUGUCAGUCAUUUUAAAUUAUAGUUUUAUUCUUAUCUCUGUUAAACGUUGAUUUGACAAAAUUUCUUCUUCAGUUUGUGAUAAGUACUAAAGUAAUAUAUAACCACAUUUAAUUUUGCAAUAUUGGAAUAGCGAAUUGUGGUCAGUAAAUUGCGGUUGUAUGAUAAGACAAAUGAACAUGAGGUCGAACUAAUUUCAGAGGAAUAAGGCUUAUUCAUGUCAAUUUCACCGUAAGAUUCGUAAUUUGCCAUAAAACUGUUAAACCUAUCCGAAAAAUAUCAUAAUAUUAUGUUUAAGUUACCAAUAUUUGUCGGUAGAUGGUAGCAUGACAGUCUGUUAUUUUUAGUAAAAAAAAUAUAUUUUACUUACAUUUUACUUUAGCGUGUUUUGGAUUUGGAAGCUUUUUCAUUUUUUUUGGCUAUCCUGAAUAAUUUUAACUUUCCGCUGAAAUGUGAUAAAGUGUAGAGCUUAUUUUGAAACUAGAAUUCAAUUUUUCAUCAAUAAUUAUUAUUGUACUAACAUUAUACUCUCAAUUUAGGUAUCUUUACACGUUUUAUCUUUAUCUAUAUAAAAUUAGCAAAGAUACAUUCAAUACGUAAUUAUAUGUGUCUUUUAUAGUACCUAUCGUCUACCGACAGCAAUUUUAUUAUUUGUAAAGUUUAGCCAAGUUCUAAUCGGAAACUUAGUUCCACUCAACAGAAUUUGUAAUUCACUCUCAUAUUACCAAUAGAAUGGAAUAAAUGUGAUGAAACUCCUAAGAUAACAUAGGUAAUAUAAUUGUAUAGAAGAAGUGUGUACGCAGUCACGGUACCUACCAAACCAUAUCUUUAAACAGACUCUAAAAUUAUUUUUACACUAUAUCAUGGCACCAUUUCUAUUAGAUAUACAAUUGGUAUGAAAAUUUAUAAAAGAACUGUUUUAUACAACACCCAUUUUGUUGAAUGUAAAUAAAUGUCAAGUUGAAAAAU